AUGUACAAGGUAUUGGAGCGCAUUAUCCUGGACCGACUCAUUAAACAUCGCGAAGAAACAACGCACGACGAGCAAGCUGGCUUUCGUCCUGGCCGAUCUACGAUUGACCAGGUGUUCAUCGUCAGGAGAGUGAUCGAAAUCUGGCAGCGGUAUUCGAAGCCAAUGCAACUAGCGUUUCUGGACUUUGAAGCCGCGUUCGACUCUCCUCACCGAAGCCGUCUUCUCAACGCGCUUCGCGCCGAUGGAGUACCUGGAAAGUUCGUUCGCUUGCUUGAUGACAUGAAUCAACGAACAACUGCUGCAGUUCGAACACCAGCCGGAUGUACAACACCGUUUGAAGUGAUAACUAGAGUAAGACAAGGGGCGGUGGCAGAACCCUACCUGUUCAAUUUCGCCAUCGACGACAUUAUGCGAAGAACAGUCGACCAGUGUCCUGCCGACAUUGUCUUAGCACCAUCAGGGUGCCCCUUGACUGACCUCGAGUAUGCCGACGAUGUUGUUAUAUUCGCGGAAAGCAGUACGAAACUUCAACAUGUUGUCAACCUUGUAUCGAAGCUGGCUGCAGCCUAUGGACUACGGCUACGCCCUGAUAAAUGCAAGCAGAUGUGGAUCUCUUCGAGACCACGAACGGGAAUCAGGAACAAUGGCAGCUACGAGAGAGAUGUUCAGCAAAGAUGCGCUAAGGCCACUUCUGCAUUUAACUCUUUAACGAAAUUCCUGUGGUCGACCCUCAUCACCAACGAAGUCAAGCUGCGAGUCUACCUAUCCGCAAUUCGCCCCAUCAUGAUGUACGGAUCGGAGACUUGGGCAGCACCAUCAACGGUUAUGGAGAGGCUUGACUGCACGGAACGAAAGCUGCUUAGACGGCUACUUGGCUACUUUUGGCCUAGGGUAUGCCACAAUGAAGAUCUUUACGCAGAAAUUGAUGUGGUUUACCAGCGGAUGACACGUGGAAGAUAUCAACAUCUUGCACCGCCAUCGAAAGCGGCUAAAGUAAAUCGUCUUUGCUUCUUUGGUCAUGAAUUAAGGAGACCGGCAGAUCGCCUUGUCCAACGAGUUCUGAGGAGUUCGUUGGGUUCUGUAAGAAGCCACCUGGCCGAAAACGGUAGUUCUGGACUGAGAAUAUGGAAUAGCGACGAAUGGAUUGAUUCUGUGCAAGCUCUCGAGAAGGUUGGGCAGAGCUGUGUUCAAAGACAGCACACCACGGCGAAGAUGCGGGUAAUCGCGUCAGGCCAUGAUAUCAGCCCGCCGAUUAAGUCAAGUAAAAGAUCUAUCGUUCCUGAAGAAGACGAACUUUUUUUGGCGGAAGAAGAAGUCAAUAGGAGAGGAGAUAAACGAGAGGUGAAGUACACUGAGAGAAACCAGAGUGUUAACAGUGACUAUGAAGAAGAAUAUGUUGGUGACAAGAGCAAUAAUAGUGAAGGAUUACCGCAAGAUCAAAACGAUCCAAUGCGACAAAAGGUGAUGGGCGGUGUCAAAGCUCUCAAAGGCGAGCUGCCAUGGGCAGUUUAUAUUAACUUGCCGUUCGAAAUCGAAAAAGUGAUUAGCAAAGGGACAGUCGUGGUUGGUGGGAUUUGCUCAAGAGUGGAUGCAAAACAGAACUGCACUGAGAAAGAUGUCGGCACAGAAAUAAAAAUUAAAAAAGCAUUGUAUAGCAUGUUUUUCGAAUAUGGCUGCAGUUCUACUAAGGAUAUCGCUGUGCUUGAAUUGACAGAAGAAGUACCGAAAGGCAUUAAUCACAUUUGUCUUCCCCAUCGUCAUGACAUCGAUGACCUUAUGGAUCCUUCAACAAAGCUGUUUUCUUUUGGAUGGGGAUCGGAUCCUACUAAGGAAGGGUAUGAAAGUUCUCCUGUUCCGUUCCUUCAAAAAGUGGAUUUGGGUGUAAAAAUGACCGAAGAGGAAUGCCAAAAACAGCGUAAAAUACAUCAAGACACAUUUUGUGUCUUUGAGCGUGCCGGAAAAGAUGUUUGCCACGGGGACAGUGGUGGAGGUGUGACGGCUUCAUUGAACGGUAGAAGUUAUAUAAUGGGAAUAGUCUCUCAUGGAUCUUCUUGCAGCGAUUUGUUGUAUGGUGCUCCUCCAUCUGGGCAGGUAAUGACUGAUGUGAUGUACUACAGUGCAGAUAUCGACACAAUAUUGGGGAUAAGAGUCGAAGAUAGAAGAAGUCGAUGGGAAAGCGUAGGCACAGAUUAA